AUGAUCGGACGUGGAGUGAUCCUCCUGCUGCUCUCAGGUUGUGUGGUGGUCUAUGCUCUUCAGUCUGAGCAGUUCCACUACGUCGGUCAGUCACUGUCCUGGUAUGAAGCUUUCCAAUACUGCAGACACACGUACACCGACCUCGCCAACAUCCAGGGAGCGGCCAAUAACUCGGAAGCGCAGCAGGCAGCAUCGGGUGGAAGUGUUUGGAUCGGACUCUUCAGGAACAUGUGGAAAUGGUCUCAAACAGGCCUGGUUCAGUCAUCCUGGUUCCAGAAGUGGGCCACGAAUGAGCCAGGGACGGGACAGUGUGUGGUAAUAUCCCAGUCUGGGUUCUGGUCUACCAGAGAUUGUUCAGAUCAGAAUCACUUCAUCUGUUACAGUGGCGCAACGAACGAUCAGAUCCUGGUUCAGAAAUCAAUGAAUUGGUCUGCUGCUCAGUCUUACUGCAGGGAGAAAUACACAGACCUGAUCAGCAUCAACACAGUGCAGGACAACACCAAGAUCACCGGUCUGAUGCUGUUAAACAUUCUAAACACCCAAACUGCUUGGAUUGGUUUGUACAAAACAUCGUGGGAGUGGUCAGAUGGAAGCAAUGCCACGUACACAAACUGGAAAUCUGGGGAGCCUAAAGAUGGUAAGGACUGUGCCCUAAUGGAGACGUCAUCAGCUUCCUGGUCCGGUGAAGACUGUGAUAAGAAUCAUGACUUCCUCUGUUACCAAGAUGUCAAACCUGCAGAGAGCAACAUGACGUACAACAUGAAGUACAACGUGAAGUACAACGUGAAGGUUCAGCUGAGGGGGGGAUCUGCAGACCUGAACGAUCCGACAGUGCAAGAAUCCAUCCUGCAGCAGGUCAGAGGACACACCGUGACUCAGUGAGCACACAGUUAUAAUAACUGUAAUAAUAAAAUGCAGGUACAGGAAGUCGCAUUCCUGCAGCUACAGAAUCAAAUUUUAAAAUAAAAUAUCAAAUGACUGGAAUUCCACAGAGCACACUAAGAACAGCCCGUGGAUUCAAACCCACGAUCUUAUACUGUGAGGUAACACUGCAAGCACUGCAACACCAUGCUGCCUGCUUUAGUUUAGGGCAAACCUAAAAGUAUCUCACAAUACAGCCUGACCCAAACCUCCCAGAGAAUUGUGUCUUUAACAGAUCUGAAAAUGGGGAGUUUUUUCUGUUGGAAAAAUAUUUUAAUCAC